ACAGAGAAGAAGAGAGAGAUUAAAAACGUUUGGAGAUCUUGGGGGUGCCGCGGAGGAUAAUUAGAUUAUAAGAAGGCGUCUCCGUCGCGGGCGGGAGGGGAGGAGGUCUGGCAGGCAGGUUGGGAUCCUUCGCGGUGAGGUGCGCCGCUAUCCGGCGGAGGAGGAUAGGCGCCCGGGUGAUGGCCUGGUGGCAGAAGAAGGUGGUCUUCCCGGUCAGGCGAGCUUGGGUCGCGGUCUCCGCCCGCGUUAAGGCCCGAAAGAACGGUGGUGGAAUCCUUGAACUCCGGGAUGACGUACAAACCUGUGGAUACCAAGAUGUGCAAGUGAUGUGGGAGAUACUGAGAUCAGAGAUGGAGCUAUCACGCACGCCCAAGCAACGCAAGCGGCCAUUUUGGAGGUUCCCAUCCUGGUCCGGCCGGACGUCGUCAUGUGGUCCAAUAGAGCCACCACAUCAUUGAAACAGUGCACAAGAAUUUAUUUCGUAUGUCACCCACCCCAAUUACUUCCUAUAUCCAUAACAUCACAAGAACAACAAAGUUGUAUAGUUCUCCUGCUCUUGUGUACGUGUACAUAGAUUCCACAACCUUUUCCAUCGUGAAGGGAGGGGUGGAAAGAGAGAGGCUAUAAGAACUCUUCCUUUUUAUCCACUUUUGGGCUUUUUUAGGUUUAGCCCUAUUAAUGAGUUUUCAGUUACUUUAUUUC